AUGUUUUUGCUUUCAUUGGGAGCAACAUCCUCCGUCAGUAACACCAUAACCGCUUCACGAGGUCGUUGGUGUCAAAAAGUCCUAAAAGAAUAUCGAACAAGGGAAGUUACAGACACCAGACUUUGUUCAGAAAAGUAUAAUACUUCCUGUGGUUUUUUUUCUUUUGACACUUGUGUAUUUACCAGGAGUAAAAUUUGUUCUCGGACUUAUAACAAGACAUUUGUUAUCUCCAAAUCUGUAUUGGACUGUUGUCCUGGUUGGGAAAAGAGUAACAAUGAUACAUGUGUUGAAAUGGCUGUGAAACCAAAAACAUUGCCUUCGAUUCAUGAAUUGUCUGUAGGAACAUUUGCCGCUAUCUGCAGUGCUGGAGCUUUUAUUAUGGUUAUUGUGUUCUUGAUUAUAAAAGCUGUAUGGAAAAAGAAACGGAAGGAGAAAGCUGCAGUGGAGAGUAUAUACUUGGAGCAACUUGAGUCUUUGAGCAUACUUCGGCCGCAGCAGGUCCCUCUAAUACCACCCCAGCCUAUGAUGGCCAAUCCCAGUGCUCUUUUUCCUUUAAAAUCACCUGUCUCUGAUAAACCUGAACCAGAAGCAGCUGCUGCAGCAGCAACUGUUGUUACUGUACCUGUAGAAGAAAAUCAAAAAGAGACUGGAAUGGAAAUAUUGAAAAAGAUUCCUGACACUGAAGAAAUGGCAGCAGCUGCAGCACAUGCAGAUGCCACUCCCCCAGAAAGUGCAGAAAACUUAUCAGUCUCUGACCCACCUGAGCUUAAAGUUGAACUCUUUAUCCGUGAAGAAGGAGAUGUACCCAAGGAAUCUCAUACACAAAAUCAGGCAUUACCUGAAAAUUCAGAAAAUUCAGAAACUGAAUCUCCAGAAUUACAAUCUGAUCCCAAAGCUUAA